UCUGUUGUUGCCAGCUAGCAGCAGCUUCACUGAAGGAAAACAGAACAAGGAAAGUGUAGAAAAACUAAAUUUGAGACGCUUAGAAUCAUGUUUUUUUCCGAAACGUACUAAAUGAAGAAUUGGGUUUGUUUUAUAUUACUGUAUUAAGAUGCUGCUUUUGAUAUAACUGCUUUUUUGGACGUUGCGACCAAUGAAUGUCCCUUUGUGAAGUAGCAUUGAGCACCAGUCAUUUGUUGAACUUGGCUCUGUGCUGAAGAUGAAUGCUCUGGUUGCUCUCUGUCACUUCUGUGAGCUCCAUGGCCCCCGGACACUGUUUUGCACCGAGGCACUGCACCCUCCGUCCCCAUCCCCUUCAUCCCAGGCAGGUGCCCCUGUGCCGGGGGACAGGGACAGAGAUGGUGACCGAGAAGGUGAAGGGCUGACCAUGAGGGCCAACAGCUCGGCCACACAGAGAGGAGAAAUGUGUGAGGGAUGUCGAUCUCUUCCAGCAUCUCACCCUGGCUUUGUGAGCAUCGACGAUGAAACAGGCAUUCGCUUCCUGAGCCACCAGCACCCCAGACAGCCACAGCUAUUUAGCGUGGUACGCCAGGCCUGCGUACGCAGCCUCAGCUGUGAGGUAAACAGUGACGUGUGUCCCGGCCGUGAAGGGCCGAUUUUCUUUGGAGAUGAGCAACAUGGUUUUGUGUUCUCACACACGUUCUUUAUCAAAGACAGCCUGGCCAGGGGUUUCCAGCGCUGGUACAGUAUUGUCAUGGUUGCUAUGGACAGGAUCUACCUUAUUAACUCCUGGCCUUUCCUGUUACGCCACCUUAGACUCACAAUACAGAGCCUUCAAAGCACAGCCCUCAAGGUGUUUGAUAAUGAGCAAGGAGUUUGUCCCCAGAGAGCAGCGAGGAUAAACAGCGUCUUCUCACCUGCAGUUUUCCCACACCAAAGGAGUGGCAACGCAGCCCGAUCACUGACUUCUCUCACACAGCAUCCCAACCUGUGGGCCAGCCUGCACUCCUCCUUCAGCUGGCUGCUGAAGGCCUGUGGUAGUCGUCUGACAGAGAAGCUGCUGGAGGGAGCACCCACUGAGGACACACUGGUGCUCAUAGAGAGACAGACAGAGCAAGAAGAGGAAAUGAGCUGCUGGGAGGGAGCAGAAGGAGGCGGUUCUACGUCACAGCGGCACCAAUCAGAGAGCGAGCUGGGCCUCGACUUCCUGUGUGAUGAUGCGAAAUUAAAUGAAUUACCCGGCCCAAAAUUUAGGUCUCUGAGGCAUUUGAGACAGGUCCUCGGGGCGGCAGAGUUUCGUCAGCUAGUGUGGCACGUGCUCAUGGGAAAUCAGGUCAUAUGGAGAGGCGCAGACCCCGGGCUCAUCCAGUCAGCUUUUACAGUCCUCAAGUCUUUGCUCCCAGUAGGCUGUGUGCGUUCAGUGCCAUACAGUGCUCAGUAUGAGGAGGCCUACAAAUGCAACUUCCUGGGUCUCAGCCCUGAUGUGCCCAUCCCUACGCACGUCAGCUCCUCAGAGUUUUCAGUGCUGGUGGAUGUCAGUUCAGAGAAGAGCUGUCAGACCUCAGCAGCGGGUGAAGAUGAUAUCUCCUCGCUUUUUCAGUUCACCAUCAGUAGUGCCAACACACAGCCCACAGACAGGGGUCCCACGUUAUUGAACAAGCUGGAAGUGGCUCUGUCUAAUGAGAACUUGUCUGUGGACGUCGUGUCUCACUGCCUGCUGUGUCUGAAGGAAGAAUGGAUGAAUAAAGUCAAGGUGCUGUUUAAGUUCUCCAAAGUGGACGGGCGAGGGAGGGAGGACACCCAGAAGGUUCUGGCCCUCCUGGGCGCCACAGGGCCGGGCGAGGAGGACAACGUCAGGCUGCUCAAGUUCUGGAUGACUGGACUCAGCAAAACCUACAAAAGUCAUUUAAUGACAGCCGUCCGAGGAGGGGAGAGGAGCCCCAGCCAGUGACAAAGAGGAGGAGGAGGAGGAGGAGGAGGAGGUAGAGGGGGUGAAAGAAAGGGAGCUGAAAAGGGGGAAAUACUAAUGAAGGGAAAGUGAAAGCAAGACUCCUUUCAUCAUUAUUUUGGGACUUUUAGUGGAGUGAAAGAGGAAAGUGAAUGGAUGACAGAAAUGCUCUGACUCAUCCAUUAUUGUCGUUUUAAGUAGAAAUGUACCGUUCCUAACACUGAUUAUUAUCCUGCACAGAUUAACACGUAUGGUCAGUUUGGAUAAUGCAUGAGGGCUUUUGUUUGUCAAAGGGGAUUAUUGUAGAAACCUCUUCAUACUUAUAUGUGAAGUUUAACUUAUUACAGACUUUGCACUUUGUUCACUCUUUACUGAUGUUUUAAAAUGAAACAAAUUAAUAUGAACUCUCAUUUUGAUAUCCUGUUUUUAAAUUCCACAAUUGGCUCCAUCUUGUGGUGAACAGGAAGAAUAAAGAGGGAGUGAAUCGGAGGAGGAGAGCAGCAUUUCCUCUGCCAGCUCCCACUCACUUGUUUGAGUGGCUGUCGGCCAGCAAGCCUCAAGUGGUGUAAGACAACACUUUUAAGGUUUUCUGGUGUCCUGAAAUGUACAAAGCAGUUGCAUAACACGGCCCUGCUCCAGUACAGCCGACCACAUCAGCAGGAUUUUAGAUUCUUAAUGAGCCAGUCUCACACUGAUCCACUAAAAAGCUGCGUUUUUGUUUUUUUUCAUACCACAGUUAAUUGAGCUUGUUGUGUUGCUGAAGCUUGCAGACUUCAGUCAAUAAAAUUCAACAACAUACGGUUUUGUUUAAAAUCAA